AUGGCCGCCCUUGCCGCUGCCGUUCGCCCCUUCGCCGGCGGCGUCCCUCGUCGCGCCGCGCCUGCCCCUUCUGACGCUAGUGUGCGCGCGUCCGGGAAGAAGCCGCGGCGCGUCGUCGCUCCCGCACGAGACACGUCGGUUUGCCACGCCGGGGUCGACGAGUUGUACGUGCCCAGCCAGAAGCGCAAGAUGACCUGCAACCGCAUCAACGUCGAGACCGCCGCCGCCGACACGAAGGUCUUAACCGCCGCCGGCGAGAUGUCAGCUCGGGAGCUCCUACAUAAGCGCCUGGCGUGCGAGCUCGAUGUCUUGAGCGGUCUCCUAAAGAAAGCAGAGCUUAUAUCCCGGCGUGGGGCAUGCAAGGAUGGCGCACCAACUGCCGGCAAGAAGGAGCGGUUCUUGGCCUCCAAACAGCGACCGGAGCCGAUGGAGGAUGGUGGAACUGGAGGGCAAUGCGCCUUCGGUGAAGAGGAGGAAGAUUUCAACUCUGGUGGAGCAGAAGCAGAAGCAGGGCACAUCUUUGAGUUCCUGCUGAAGCACUUCGGCGAUGCCGAUACCCGUGGUGAGAUCGAGAUUGACUUUGACUCUGCGGAAGACUCUGUACUGUUCGAGCUGAAGACACAGCUCGACAAGUUCGCCCAGGAACGCCCCAUCGUCGUGGAUGUCCUCCCGGAGGAAAAGGACGAGAAGCUCGCUGAGGAGAGCAAAAGCAAAGGCAUCUUGGUGCAGCAGGAGGAAGAGGACGUCCACAUCUGCGGCGUGUCCACCAUCGUCCAAACCGGCAGCAGGCCGAGUUCAAGAAGCAGCAGUGAUCCAGACACGGGCAGUUACUCUGAUCGCAAAAGCGACUCCGACGAUUUCCCAGCUCUAUGGGGAGCUCUUCCCGAGCAGAUCAUUGUGACGUCUGCGCAGCCACCGUCGGAGCCGGCAUCAGGGGCGGCGCAGAGUGGUGAAGCAAAGAAGGUCCAAGACGUCCAUCGCGCCGCGCCCAAGACUGUUUCCCUGGCCGGUCUGAUCUACAGGGCGAAGGUUCGCCGAGAGCUGUUGGAGAUGGAGAGGGCGGUGCUGCCCGACGAGAGCAUCCACCCGCGGGACCUGCAGCGUCUCGGCAUCGCCGAGUAUGGCCGUCCCAGCAUCAUGCGGCAGCUCGGGCUCUUUCUCAAGGCCGACGACGCGUAG